CAGAUGUUUGUUGCCGAGGAGAAUGUAGAUUUUCGGAUACACGUGGAGAACCAAACGCGAGCAAGGGACGAUGUGAGCAGGAAGCAGCUCCGGCUCUAUCAGCUCUACAGCAGGACAAGUGGGAAACACAUCCAAGUGCUGGGCAGGAGGAUCAGUGCCAAAGGAGAAGAUGGAGAUAAAUAUGCCCAGCUUCUAGUGGAAACGGACACUUUUGGCAGUCAAGUCCGGAUCAAAGGGAAGGAGACAGACUUCUACCUUUGCAUGAACAGGAAAGGCAAGCUAGUGGGGAAGCCUGAUGGCACCAGCAAGGAGUGUGUCUUCAUUGAAAAAGUCCUAGAAAACAACUAUACGGCACUGAUGUCAGCAAAAUAUUCAGGCUGGUAUGUUGGAUUCACCAAAAAAGGGAGGCCACGAAAAGGGCCCAAGACCCGGGAGAACCAGCAAGAUGUACACUUUAUGAAGAGGUACCCAAAGGGGCAAGUGGAGAUACAGAAACCUUUCAAGUACACAACAGUCACCAAGAGGACUAAGAGAAUACGACCCACCAACCCCAGUUAAAAAUAGACAAAACAGUGUCACAAUAAUAAACCACAAAAAAAA